AAGGCCAACUCCGCCUGCCUGAGUCACGGCCGGAGCUGGGGAGGAGCCGGGGAAGGCGGCCCCAGCCCAGAGCGCAGCCGGCGGCUUCAGGGAGAGCCAGGCAGGGCAGUCGGGGAGCAUGGGGGAGAGCGCGCUGGAGCCGGGGCCUGUUCCCGGAGCGCCGGCUAGGGGCCCGGUGCACGCCGUCACGGUGGUGACCCUGCUGGAGAAGCUGGCCACCAUGCUGGAGGCGCUGCGCGAGCGGCAGGGGUGCCUGGCUCAGAGGCAGGGCGGCCUGGCGGGCUCCGUGCAUCGCAUCCAGAGCCGCCUGGGCGCGCUGAGUCGCAGCCACGACACCACGAGCAACGCGCUGGCGCAGCUACUGGCCAAGGCUGAGCGCGUGGGCUCGCACACCGAUGCCGCCCAGGAGCGCGCGGUGCGCCGAGCCGCCCAGGUGCAGCGGCUGGAGGCCAACCACGGGCUGCUGGUGGCGCGCGGGAAGCUCCACGUUCUGCUCUUCAAGGAGGAGGCUGAAAUCCCGGCCAAGGCCUUCCAGAAGGCGCCGGAGCCCUUAGGCCCGGCGGACCAGGCCGAACCUGGCCCACAGCAGCCGGAGGGCGAAGGUGGGGAGAGCUCAGACGAGGAGGAGCCCGUGGAGUCCAGGGCGCUGCGGCUGCGGCGCGCCGGGUUGGUGCAUAGCUUGCGAAGGGCCUUUUCGGGCCGGAAAGGGCCUGCAGCGCCAUCCCCCACGCCUGUUAAGCCUCCUCGCCUUGGGCCUGGCCGGAGCACUGAGGGCCAGCCGGAAGCCCAGCCUGAGCCGGAGUCUAAGCAGGAACCAGAACCUCCGCAGGAUACCGAGGAAGAUCCCGGGAGACCUGGGGCUGCCGAAGCAGCAGCGGCUGUGCUCCAAAUAGAGAGUGCGGCCUAAUGGCUGGUGCUGCCUGCCUCCCCCGCGCCGAUGCCUAGCCCCGAAAUAAAUCUUCCUCUCAGAAUGCAGCGUUCCCGCCCAAAUAAGGAGUGAAUCCUGCAUCCACAGCCCAGCACUGGCCCUCCCUUCCUGGCUUCUUAAGCCCAGCACCCUGUGUCCUUUAAAAGAGCAGCCACUCACACCUGCUUACACUCACCGUCAAUAAAAGUCAUGGCACCUAA